AUGUUCAGCAUCAAGGUUGACCAGGUAAUGUGGACCGACAUCUUCAGCGCAUAUAUGCCAGUAGAUCAGCCGAAGCCCAAGUUCCCUUGGGAGGUGCCCGAGCUCUCUUCCCUAAGACGUGUACCCUCCUUCAUCUAUAAAGCAUGGAGGACUGGGAUGGGUCUUACCUGCGGUUAUCCAUCACUCAAGGAUGAGACAUCAACAGAACUCGAGCUGUCAAACGUCUCAAGCAUGUCAACCAAAGAGCGGGUACGCAGUUUCUUGAAAUAUGAGCGGCUGGAGCAGUGGUGUACAACCCGGGGGGUUAUGCCCGUCAAGCAGACACAACCUGUGCAAAGCGAAGAAGACGCACAAUGGCCUCCCAAGCUAGGCCACUGGCCAUCGUCCCAAGCAGGAGAUCCAGUGCAGGAAGCCGUGGCAAGAUCGCCAGCGCCACCGAAUGAAACCCCUCUCUUGAGCGGCCUCAUGAGGCCCAAUAAUUUGGAGGAGUCAGUGACCCUGAAAUGUGAGGCCGACACACUGGUUGCCGUGUUAAGGCAUAUUGCCCACGUCCGGGCCAAGCAGAGCGGCCCUAUAGCCGAGAUAUUUAGCACACUUACGAGGAUGCUAGAGAGAAACCCCAUUCUAAGGUACAUGCAAGGGGAACGAUCAGUAACACCGCCAAUAGAAGAAGUUGAGCGGAAUCUGCGUUUGAAACCUGGACAUUCCCACAAGACGGUUCUGGACCUUUUACGGUGCGAGACCAUGAUGUCAACAAUUUGGACACUCCCAGACUUUCAUCUACUAGCCGGCCCGGUCUCCAUGCGCGCACGACGCGAAGGGGGGUUCCGUGUAGAAGAGGGACAGGAAUCGUCGCUCUCAUCCACCAAUCGCGCCUUUCUCGAAUGGGACGGGUCUGGGUCGUUGGAGGCGAUCAUUGACGCCUUGCCAACACCUGCCAUCGACACACAUGGGAGAUGCACGCCGUAUCUGUCAGCCCGCCCUGACAUCCUACAUGUGAGUGUUGGAAGCGUCAAGGAUGAUAUGAGACCUCCCAGAGAACUUUAUGUGUGGACCGGCGCCGCCACAACAUUGGGAGUUUAUUACCCCCAAUACUACACACAACAUUACCUGCUUGCUGGCGUGGUUUCCAUCAGCUCCGAUGGUAGGCACACAAGCUCGUUCUGUGACCCAAUUGGACACGGGAGGGACAUGGGCUGGGCCCGAGGGCAGACAGACCCAUCGACCAUCAUUAUAAGCAAGGAAACUUCAGGGUUGUUGAUGUACGCCGCGUCAGCAGAGUGGAUUACAAAAGACUUUCUGAUCCAGAGAGAUCAGCCAUUGCCACCAGAACCGCUAGAGCUUUAUGCCAUGCUCGAUGAAUUCGAGCCGUUUGACAAUGGAACAGCCAUGCUCGAUGAAUUCGAUCCAUUCCUCGACGAAACACCCGCCGCCACGCAACCAAGUAAUCAUGCUACACAACACCAGGCUAGCAGUGCACCUGUCCAUACGGACGGGGAGCAGGUUGACAGGCUGAACAACAAACGAAAGGCACCACACGACGAGGACAACCAGAGCCCUCGAGUGCCUUCUAUCCCGCGUGCCUGA